AUGAUUCAUGUAUGAAAAAUGUAACAGACGGCUUCAACGACUGGGGGAUCAUCUCGUUAGCUAGCUAGCUGUCUAAUAGUUUUAAUCCGCACAAAUCCUUUUCUUUAAGCUUCCGGAAUCGGAAAAAGUAAAUUACGAAAUGGAUGCAAAUAAAGCAGGUCGCUUUCAUGUCGGAGAGCCUUUCCGCUGUGUGAUGUGCUCCCCCUCACCAGCUGCCAUCCCUUGGCGUUGGCGAGCUGGCGUUGAUGCGCCCACGUCGCCUUCCUCUCCGGCGGGGUCGGGGCCCGUGGCUAUAUACAUGCGCACGCAUCGCAUCGCAUCGUGCAGCGGCACCGACACCGACACCGGCGCCGACGCAAAGCACCACAGAGAGGGCGCCGGAUGCCAUGGCCGCCGUCGCGGGCGCCGUGACCCUGACCAUAGCCGCCGCCUGCACGGCGGCCGUUCUGUCCCUAGCGUCGUCGUCGUCGUCGUCCGAUGAUGAGGCCCGCACCCGCAGCGUCGCCACGUCGGGAGCGGAGGCGGGUUCGCCGCUGCCGGCCCCCCCGUCGUCCCACCACGAGUGCGCGGUGUGCCUGUCCGAGCUGCCGGCCGGAGCCGGCUCCCGACCACAGGCGGCGGUACGGGCGCUGCCGGCGUGCGGCCACGCGUUCCACGCGGACUGCAUCGGGCGGUGGUUGCCGCUGCGCCCCGAGUGCCCUCUCUGCCGCCGCCCCGUGCUGCUCGCCGCCGGAGGACAGCAGGCGGCAGCGCCUGCGUGGGCGCGGCCGGCGACGACGAUAGCGUGCGGCUUCGGCGACGGGAGGGUGGUGUGGACGCGCAGCCCGUCCGCCAGACAGUAACUAACUAAACUAAACUGUUCGGUUAGAGGCUUUUGGAUUAUUUUCAGCAGAAUUUGAUUUGUAUUUGUACUCCCUCCGUAUAAGAUGUACAAGUUGUUUUGGACAAGGUUUAGGUCAAACAUUGAAAAUAUAAAUCAUCAAUAACUUUUAAAUAGUUGAGGUUAUAAAUGUAAAAAUUAUAUAAAUAGAUUUGUCUUGAAAAAUAAUUUUAUAAAAGUAUACAUAUAUUAUUUUUUUAAAUAUUUUUAUAACAAUAAGAGGUCAAAGUUAUGUGUCGCUGUUCUAAACGACUUUUAAAUCGGAGGGAGUACGUGGUUUCAUACUUUUAUGAUGUGUUCUGCUUCUGCAUGAAAAUUUGUCUGUGGGUAAAUUGGCUAGGCCAAAACAAAAGGUCAAUUAAGAACA